AUAUUUCUGGAACAGUUAUUUAUAAAACAAACAUUGAACACUAUCAUGAAUCCAUCCAGGUAGCCCUGAUGGCAGUCAAUGUACUGGGUGAAGAAAUAGAAGAGUCUGAUAAACCAACGCCAGCGUUACCCAAAUCUGAGCCGAGUUACUCGCCGUACGAUGACCUAGCUUUCGUCAUGUACGUGGAUACUGAGAUAGCAGACUUGGUCAGGACUUUGGAUGAGAAGAAGAAGAUCGCUGUGGCUGAGGAACGCUUCGAAUACGCGCGUCGUUUGAAAUCGGCGGGCUCCGCGCUAGCCGCGGCCGGCAUUCGAGUAGGCAGGUGGAGACUGAGAAAACGAACCGCUGCCGCUAGAGAUGACUUCGAGCUGGCGCGACGAAUGAGGGAUAGGAUCGCUGAUGCAUUGGCUGGGAUAAAGGAAGACCCGCAGCUUCUUAGACUCUUCGAGGAGGACGGAGUGAGUGUCUUUAGGGACAGGAUUGUCAAACAAAAGGAAUAGAAUUGCUGAUGCAUUUGCCGGGCUGAAAAAAGACCCGCAGCAUUGCAGACUUUUCGAGGACGACGGGGUGAGUUUCUUUAGGGACAGGAUUUUCGACCUAAAGAAAGAUCCGCCAUCGGUUCGUUAUUCUACGAAUAAGAAAAGGACUGGGUGAGUUACUAUAAAAAUGUGAAGGAAUUUGAUAGUUACUAGGAUUAAUUUAAGAAAAAAGAUUGUUCGAGGAACAACUAGGUCGAAAGAUUGCGAAAACGAACCGCUGCUGCCAGAGAUGAUUUGGAAUCGCGGCGUAUGAGAGACAGGAUCGCUAAUGCAUUGGCUGGGUUGAAGGAAGACUUGCAGCUUUGUAGACUUUUCGAGGAGGACGGGCAGAGUUUCUCUAAAGCUAUCAGGAUUUUUUGACGUUUACUUUGAAAAGGAAUGCUAGAAUGAUGAAUAACAUAGACCAAUGCAUGGCCCAGCCUCAAAAAAAGUUCCUAUCUUUUAGACCAUUAAAAAAAGAUGGGAUUUAUUCCUUUUUGCCUUUAAAAGAAUUUGAAAGGUUUUCGUUCAAAAAUAUUGUUCGAAUAUUAAAUAAAAUAUGCCUACGCAAUCUACAGCGUUAUGAAAAUCCGCAGUUUUGUAGACUCUUCUAGAUGGGGUCAGAAUAGUGGUCCCCUGACAGACACACUGUUUGAUGCGAAUAUACGUUGGUAGUCCUGGUAAUCCAUGACUAGUAAAAGUUACUAGUGCUGGUAAUACACGUUUCUAGUUCUGGUAAUCGAGGGCUAGUAAAGUAUACUCGUAUCAACACAUUAUUACCAACUUCAAUCCAACUAAAGCGUUUCUUUCUAGCCGGACACUCGCAACGAUUCAUCAAUGCCACAAGAAUACGACUUCUCGCACCAUUUAUCGCCGUCAGUAGUACCAGGGUCUCUUAGUUUGGAUAUUCCAUCGCCAGUACCGCCCAAUGAAGAACCUGAAAUCGAACAGGAACUAGUUAACGGAGAUGACGAAGAAGAUGAAGAUAGAUGUGUAGCUGAAACGACUAUUCAAGCCGUCCAAGAAGAGAUUCGACCAUCACCCGAACCACCGCCGCCAGUGCAAGAAGAAACAGUUGAACUGAAGAAGAUGGAAGAAGAAGAACUGAGAAGAGAAACCGAUAGUCCCAGGAGGAGUAUCACGCCAAACGCUGCCAAUGGAACUCUAGUUAGACGCAGAAAUAAAAGUGCUGGUCCGAGAUCCACGUUCGAGGCUUACGAGGAACGAUUGUUACCAGCUUUGAGGCAACUACGUAAGUUCGAGAGCUUUGAAAAGAGUUCCCACACAAACGAAUAUUUGAGAGAGGCGAAAGAAGAGGAAUGUAGCGGAGGUAGCGCCGCUUCCCAUCAUAGGCCUCUUCAGCCGCACAAACUGAAUGAAAGAGAGAGGAAACAAGCAGCUUUGCCUAUACUCAUCUUCGGAUAUCCGCUGGUGGAGAAAUUCUACUCUAAAAACUACCUUGACAAAGAGGAGGGCUUAGCCCGCCUUCGGGCAGAGCUAACAGCGCCAUCUAACGGCAGCACCAAGACUUCCCCAAAUAAGACAGCCAGAGCGGCCGCCAUAUUGCUGCAGAGGACGUUAAGGGAUAAAGUGUUCUCAGUCUACAGCCAAACCAAUGAAGUCGUGAGGGUGCUCUUCCAAGAAUUUGUUCCGGAUAGGGUAUGUGCUGCAGAAGUAGGCAGAUGCUUAGAGAAGCUACUGCCUGAAUUGCUACGUGCUUGCGGUGACCCGGCACCCAGGGUUCAUUCCACCGCUCAGCAUACGGUGCUCACCGUUGCCGAUUGUCCACCAGUCAGAAGCCUCCACAUGAUUCCUCAGCAAUUGGUCCGUCCUGUGCCCGCGUCGAUGCAUCCUCGCCUCGCUUUAUCCAGACUGCAGAUGUUGGAACAAUUAGUUCUAAACCACGGCAUAUCUACAGACAAGAACAGUGGACUAACAGUCCGUCGUCUAGCGGAAUGCGGGGCAGCCGGUGCCCAACACGCCGCAGGAUCAGUUAGAGCUGCGGCAGAAAGGAUCUUGCUGGCGGCAUAUGCCAGGUCUCCGAGGGUAGUGAGGGCCCAACUGCCACCUGACGACGCUGUGACUAGAAGGAACUUAAUAUACAGGCACUUGUUCCAGCAGUUCGACAGGAUCGACAUGCAGAAAAUCCUGAACCAAGCACCGACAGAGGAGCAACUAACAGAAUCCACAACCGCGGUGGAAUCAUGUGACGCCGCCAGCGUGGCGCACUCUGCCCGCACCACCGCCAGUAGCAUCACGGCGUCAUUCACUAUGGCGUCCUCUUUAGGAGCUACCUCGUCUUACAGCUUAAAGUCUACAACUUCGCAUGCUUCUGGUUCAACUCUAGCGCCGUCUAGUCUUAGUGGCAGUUACACUACUCGUACCAGGAGCAGUCUCAAGAAAUCCCCCACCAAGCGGUACACUCCCUCCAGGUCUACCAAGGAUGUCUCCAAUUAUCCAGGAUACAAUAAGCUUAGGCUAGAUAGCGCUGUAAGCCCGAAACAUUCGCCUAGAUCUGCCGCUAACUCCACAGAGAAGGUCCAUUUUGAAGAUAACUCCGCUCAAGUAGUCCUCCGUCGCGCGAAUCGCAACUCAGAGAACCGUCACUCGAUGAUUCAUUACGACCACGAAACUGCAAAACCUCAGCUAAAGGAAAGACCCGUCACAGUAUACGAACCUUUACAUAUAGACUACAGGGACUCUCCCAGUUUGGGAUCACCUAAAACUUCGAAGAAUGAUCUGAGAAGCAUGGAUUCUUUGCCAAUGGAUUCACCACUAUCCAGAAGUGAUUUGAGAUGCGAUUCGGAUUGUAGAAGCUUAGAUUCACCAAAGAUCAAAGCGGAAUAUUUUAGGGAGAGCGUUUUGGAGUCGCCAAAAUUGGUGGCUGGAUUGAGAAACUUGCAUUUGGAUGACCAUAGCCAGAUGGAUGAGAGCGGAUACUAUAGCCCAGGUCGCAGACAGCAAGCGGCGAAUAACGAACAGUACGAGACCUAUGAGAGUAACGCAGUUGAUGUGCCCAGCGAUAACACACCAGAACCUGUGUGCCUCACGACAUGCAGUUGGUGCGGCCGUAGAGUGAGGGCGGACGGUUUAGAAGCCCACUACUGGCGGCGCUGCGUGAUACUGGCGCGCUGUCCGCACUGCCGCGUCGCGUUAGAAGCUAGGACUCUGCACGCACACUUGUUAGAAGAAUGUUCGUUAAGCGAAGGCUGCUGGAAGGCGUGCCAGAAAUGCGGCGCAGCUCUGAGGGUGGACGAGAGAGAUUAUCACAUCAACUGCAUACCGCUAGGCAUGGAUGAAUGGAAAUGUCCGUACUGCUUCACCAACGUACUGGCGAGAGACUUGCCCUGGCAGAGGCAUCUGAUGCAGUGUCCCCGGAACCCUCGACUGGGCCAGAGUUAACUAAACCUUGAUAAAGAUAUAUUGUUUUAAACUUUCAUGGUCACUAACAUAAUGGACAUUUAUGUUAUUUACGGGUAUUACCAUGUACCUUGUUUUUAGUGAGUUUCCGAUAUUUCGGCACUGUUGCGAGUGCCAUGAUUACGGAGUAAUUGAUCCAGUUCCAAUUCCAUAACUGGUCGAGUUACUCCGGUCGAGAAACUCGCUAUAAGCAAGGUACAUGGUAACAAUCCCGUAAAUUACAUAAAUUUCUUGAUAAAGAUACCUAUAAAAUUUUACUUUUAAAGAUCUGUUGGCCGAUUUGCUAACAUUUUUGUCAUUUACCGUCUUAUUCCAAAACGCGGACUAAAGUAAGUCUUGGUUUAAUUACUAAUUUUUAAACUUUAUUGCUAUAAUCACAUCAAAUGGACAGAAGGCAGACUUAACCAUAUAAGCAUUCUGAGCCAGUCAACUAUUAGGCGUCAACAAUGAACGAAUGCGGCUAUAGUUAAAAAAUAGUGAUUUGAUACCAUAAAUACAAAAAUAGUACACAAAUAUAAACACACCAAUAAAAGUGACUACAUAAAUAUUUGUUUAAAAUCUUUAAACAUACAAACCUAAUGCUGUCUCUGUCUUUUUCUUAGCAAACAAAAGUGACAGCAUCAGUUUUAGUCUAGGUUUAACUUUAGUCUACGUCUUUUAAUAAAUAAGGUGGUUAAAGUGUGCAACUAAAGAGAAAAUUGUAUAUCCAUCACUGCUUUUCAGGAGCGUUAUACUGAGCGUUAUAAAUAAACAGUAGUGGAUCAGUAAAUUGUGGUGAUUAUCACUUCCAUCUGUCAAAAAGCGUUAGCGAAUAGGCCUACUGUGGCCCAAGCACCAACUUUGACGGAUCCGUAAUCGGAUCGUCUUAACCAAAUUUUGUGUGGAAUUUUGUUAUGUACAUUUUGUUGUGGAAUGUUGUUUUCCCUCCGUCAGAGGCGCUUCUUAGUUUGCAUAGAAACUUUGCCGAUUGGCGAUACGAUUAUGGAGCUAUCAAUAUUCGUGAUUGGGCUGUUGGUUUAACCACGACUUGGAUAGCAUUAAUUUUUUGAUCAACAUCCUUUUAUUCUAUAAACAAUUAAGAUAACUUUAUAUUGUAUUCUGUACAAUAUAGAUGCAAUCGUUUUCGAACGGUGUCGCAAAUGUUACGGCUAACUAACCUGGCAACUUCUUAAUAUUAAAAUAUCUGUUGGGGUUUUUUUUAACAUAAAUAUACUUAUGAGUUUUUAGAUCAAGGUGAUACAAGAGCUGACAAUGUCUACAGGGGCUCAAAUAAGUGUAAAUUGGAGAGAACCGGUUCGUAGGUUUAAAUAAGCAAAAAGGCAAGAUCUAGGUGUAGGUAGUUAAUAAAAGAAAAUAAUCAAAACAAAUGCAUCAAGUAUGCAACUGUUGUAAACACUUAAAGGUACAAGUCCAAUCUGAACUGCAGGUGACAGGCCGCAGCUGCAUACUGCAGGCGACACUACUAGUUUCUAUGAAUCUCUAUGAAAUUGAUUCCGAGCGCGGCGACAAGCCGCGGCUGCACAAUGCAUAUAACCGCAGGCGCUAGCCGCAGUGUCGCCUGCAGUUGUCGCCUGCAACCCAUUGCGGAAUUGUACCUUUAGUAUCAAAGAAAAUAAAGUUUCAUAUUGUUCAACGAUUUUUAACGAUGCCAUUAAGAUCCAUUUUCGGCUAGGUGAAAUACUAAACGCCAAUUAAAUAAAUUAAUACGGAAUUAAUGUCUCUCAGUAAGUCAUACCUAGUUAUUUUAUUUUAAAAAUAAAUUAUGUAUAUUUCAUUUAACCCUACAUAAAUAUUGAAAAAGAAAAUAUUUUGAUGCUUAUACAUUAAAAUACAGAUUUGCUUGUUUUAUGAAAACUUUGAUUUUGCUUUGAUAUCUUAAUAAUAUUGGUGUUAUAGAUAAGUUUCUAAGUAUGCUAAUUAAAAAAAUGUUUUUGGCUUUACAAAGUCCGCUUUGAUGAAUUUUUAAUUUUAUAUAACUCAGUCAAUUAAUUGAAACAAAACCAUUAUUGAUAUUAACAAAAGCACAGCUUUUAGUCCAUAUCUGCCGUCCACAGACUUAAAAAUCCGUCUUAUAUAAUGCUCAUUUUGUUUUCAUGUUGAUUAAAUAUGUAUUAAGCAAAUACCUACCAUUUAAAGAAUACACUUCCGUCGUUCAAGUUUCAUCAGCAAUUAAUAUUCCAAUUUUUCGAUUUGAAAUUUGUAUUAAAAACAUACACAUAAAAGUUUUGAUGUUCAUUAAUAAACUAAAAAAAGUGAAAAACUUAGCCAUAUAGUUAUCUAGUGUGUUUUUUUUAAGAAUUUUAUUAGAGUUUUGUUAGUAAAUGUCGUAGUUUUAAAAUAUUGUUUGAAUUAGUUUUGUAUAUGUUCUGAUAUUUGGCAAAUGGAUUUAGUGUAAAUAUACUAACUCUAUUAGUUUUUACCUAGUUACGCAUGUGAUUUUUAUUGGGGUAAUGACUAGUGUUGCCAGAUCCGAUUUGUUUUAAAUCGGUACAUGAGGUCAUAAAAAUCGGAACUUAGGGUGCGUGUAAUCUAAGCAGGUUGCCUGCUUUUUCUCGCGCUUUGUUUUCUGAGUCUGAAUCUGAAUCAGGAGUGCACUCUGGCCGUACCCUUCGACUACACUGUUUAUUUCUCGCGCUUGUUUUCGGAAUCUGAAUCUGAAUCUGAGUGCACUCUGGCCGCACCCUUAGGGUUGCAGAUCGGGACAGUAAACAAAAAAUAAGGGGUUUUUAAGUCUGGGUUUAAUUAAUUGCGAUUUAAACUACUAGUGCAAGUAUAUUAUUAUAUAAAUUACCUAACUUUAAUUUUUUGAUUAAUCGGGUCAUUUAGCGUCCCGAUCAGGUACAAAUCGGGACGCGUCCCCAGACCCCUGAAAAUCGCGACGUCCCGCGCAAAUCGGGACACCUGGCAACACUAGUAAUAUCAUAGGUUCAAGUUGAUAUUUUUAAUCGAUAUUAAUGAUUUAAAAUACACAAUAGUUUUGUAUCUAAUAAUUUACUUUAGCCUUUUUACGAUAUAUUAUUUUACUGUAUGAUCAGUGAAAGUAGAAUAUUUAACUAUAUUCAUUUAGUAGAUUAUUUUAUUCGUGAAAAUAUAGCAACAAUCAUCUCCUUCGUUAUGGCGUAUUAGUAAGUUAGUGAAACCCGACUCGAAUUUGAUACCUUCUGAGAGUCCAUACCCACUUCAUGCUUUUAAUAUUUACAUUAUGAAAUACAAAAAGAGAUUCGAUAUUAUCUCGUAAGGGGGCGUCCAUAAAUUACGUGAGGUGUUUUUUUGGAUUUUCUGUCCCUCCCUCCCCCCCUGGUGAGAUGUCGUGAGAUUUUAUUCAACCCCCUCCCCCUUCCCCCAAUCUCACGUGAGAUUUUUCAAAAUGUGGGUUUCUUUUGUAAACGCGUUUAACAAUUAUAUAAAAAUUUAACAAUAGAAUACUUAAUAGAUACUAGUGUGAAAAAAACUUGCGUGAUUUUUGCCGAGACCCCCCCUCUCUCCAACGUAAGAUUAGAUGAGAUUUGACUCGACCCCCUCCUCCCCUUAAACAUCUCACGUAAUUUAUGGACGCCCCCUAACUGUUUUGCUCGUUUUAUACUUGUCCCCUCGAGUCAUGGCAGAAUUAUAAUACAUGUAUAAUAUAGUAGAGAAACACUGAUAAUUUUAGAGGUUUUUAAUGUAAGGUCGUAAAUAAACACAUUUUUUGCGCUUACAUUGCAAUCGCUGGCCCUACGAGAUAGAUCAAAUUAAUGUACUACAGUAUUGUACACCUUAAAAAGGUCUACAAAAAAGUCCGCGAUGGUAUAUGUCCAUCUCUUAGGGAUAACCCACAAUAACCAUUUUUUAUCCUAUACUUUUUACGAGAAAUAAUAGCUUAUUUAUGAAGCGAUUUUCAGCAAUAUAACAUUCAUCUUUAACCAAUCAAGUACCUUAAAUACACUGUGCAUUUAAUACAGAUUUGGCCCUUUAAAGCAUGUAAUUUAAAUGAAUAUUUUCGAAGAUAUUACAGAUUUAAAAUGCAGGAAUAUGAAUAUAGCGGUUCCGUCGCUACCGGGCGGGGGGCCUGGCGGCCUGGCGACGCGUGCCUAUUGUAAUUAGGUAUUAGAAGAAUGUAAUUGUGUAUAAUACAAGCCUGAGAACAAAAACUAUAGUCUACACUACAGCUCUACAUCGAAGCGAAGCGAGGGCGGGCCACUAGUAUGUUUCAUAAAGAAAACUCUCUUGGAAUGAUUAGAACAAUUCAAAUCUAGCUUCGUUAUCUUUCAAAUCUCGGUAGUUAGUAGUUCUGUUUCAGGUAUUCUAUAGAAGAGAGAUUAUGUUAAUAAUCUUAAUGGUCGUUCAUAAAAUUAUAAAGGGCCCAUAAGGUAUCAAUCUUAGUUAGUCGGGUAAUAGUUUAUAGUUAGCUUAGCUUCGAGUUACGAGCCACAUCACUCCUGUGAUAACGGGUCGAGUUACAUUGAACUGGUUUAUUGCGUGGAUCUUCUGUUGAUGGUCUAGUUUGUAGGUAGGUUAAGUAGGAUAUAUUUAUAUAAUAUGUACAAUUAGGAAGACGCAUUUCUGCUUUAAAAGUAGAUGGUAAAAUUAAGACAGUCAAAGCCAAAUAAAACAGAAUCUCUCAAUUAAGUUCGCACUUUUCCUAAAGAGUAUUUUGUAUAGAUGAUGUAGCGAUACAUCAUGCACAUAAACUUGCACUUCUAUUAUUAAUGAAAAAAUAUGAAAAAGAAAAACUAGCGAGAAUGGUCAGCCUGCACAGUAAAGUCUUAAACGAAAAAAAAUUGAGAAUUAAAAAUCAUGUAUUGUUUUCUCUAUGAUUUCAUUGGAUUUUAAUCUCAUUUUCAUUUGCUAAUAAUCAUUUCUUAGGUCAACCGACUAUACACUUUUUACACAUAUUACAGAACUUUGGUUUCAUAAGAGCUCAUUUAUGCUAGAGAAGGGUAAUUAUAUAUAGCAGUUAACUUAAAUUAAGUUUAGGCUAAUUGACUUUUUUAAGGAGUAGCAUGUUAACCGCGAACAAUUAUUUGUUCAAAUUUUAUACAGGGAAUCGAUACUCAAUAUUUGUUUUUUUCUAAAGAUACACAAAUUAGAAUUCAGGUUAUAUUAAAUAAAAUAUUUACACUGAUCCAUUUGACUGAUAUUUGAAAUAUUUCUUAUUAUAAAUGUUGUUAAGUAUAUCGUAUUAUUUUUAGUAAUUAGUUCUUAUUUAAAUUUUAAACUGAAUUUCUUGGUAAUUCAAUUUAUUUGCAUGAAAUAGGGUAAACAAUUAAGUACAUUUCAUUGAGUCUAUGGUUUCCGUUGCGACUAAAACGAACGAUUCGAUACUUCGUAAUUUUAAAUAUUUAUUUUGCAACUUCAAAAAAUAUUGCCUAUGAAUACUACUAACAUUAAUUUUAUUUAUUACCUUAAACAGAUAAAAUAUAUUUUGCGAAAAAUAGUAAUCUUAUAAACAUUUAAAUAUACAUACAUUAUAAAAAUUAAAGAAAUUUUAGUAUUAUUGUAACUAAUUGGACUGAUAGUGAACAUUAUAAAGUUUUGAAAUUAUUAUUCGGAAUUUCGAAGCCAAUGCAUAUUGACCUAAUGAUAAAUAAUAAAAUGCUCAAUAACUCUUUUUAUUUUACUCAAUUUGAAAUCAUAUCACAUCACCCAAUCAUACAAAAAUAAAAUUUGUUGGUACUUGACAAUUUAUCAUAAAAUUUUAAAAUGUGAGCAAUAUUCUAUUUUAGUCUACACGACUUACAAUUUCUUUGUUGAAAAAGUUAAUCAUAUUAUUUAUUAUUAUUAUUACACAACUAUAGCUUACAAAGGGGCUAUGAAGUUGAAUUUGUAUAAUAGACGUAUCUUCUAGUUUUUAUAUAUUAUUUAAGAGUGACGUUAUAAAAUGUUGAUGAUUUUCGUAGUAUUGUUUCGAUUCUUUCUUCAUAAUCUUAAUAUUAUCAUACCUGUUAGAUUGUGUGUUACUACCAUUGAAACAACAUUUGUCGAUAGUAAAGCUGCCACUUCAUCGAGACCCAUACAUAAAUUACGCAACAUGAAACAUAAAGUGUUAAACAAAUAAGGAAUUUUAUCACAAAUGCCACGAGUUACCUAUAAGGAAAGGAAAUAAAAAAAUAGGCAUAGAAAUGGAUUUUUUUCUCACCGUAUUUAAAGUAUAAGCUGCAAUGAAAUAGUCACAUGAAUUUUCGCUAUUCACUUAACACUAUCGUUCAAUAUUUGGAGUUAUUCUGAUCUAAAUUAUUAUAUUUUUGUUUUUAUGAAGAUCAUAAAUUGUUGAUCAAUUGUAAACAAACAAUUGCUUAUUUUGUCAUAUAGAUAAUAACACACAGAACAGCAACUUAAUCAAAUAGCGAUUGAACGACAGUGUUGAGUGGGCAAGCCACUCCACUACCAUUCUCAGGCAUAAACAUGCACACUGCAAAAUGUAAUUCUUAUGUGCAGUCAAGUAUAGUUCUAAACAAUAAAGGCGCUAUUAGUAUCAAAUUGUGGCCACCGAUGAAUCCUUGACUAUAGAAUACUGUAUAAAAGAUAUGUACCUUCUCUUAAUAUGUACGAAUAUCGUAAUUAUCACGGCAAAACGGACUUUAUAAUGCGCAAAUGUACCAUAUUAAUAACAUACUAUAUUAAUUAUUUUUUUAAUGAGUUGGGAUUAAAUCUACUUCAAGAUAUAGCUUUCUAUGAGUUGCAUGCAAAUAUAAGUUUUAUUGUGGGCAACCCAUAAAGUUCGUUUUGCCUUGCAACGGUGUACGAAAUUCAUAUUAGUGACAUAAAUUUCCCCUAUUUUAUAUCGUUUGAGACAACUCACAUUGAUUAGGGGCGAUGAAUAACUUUUUUAUUAGUCUAUCAGAUAGAUUAACAAAAAGUAUUGAACAAUUUUUUCUUAUCUUAACAUUACAGAGAUGAAAGUAAUGAACACGUAUUUUUCUUUUUUUCUUACAAUCUUAACAUUACAGAGAUAGUGAUUUGAAAUGUCGCAUGACGUCACGUCUUGGUACAAUUUUAACUUAGAAGUGACGUCACGGGCCCACUCCCAAACUUAGACCCGCUGCAUCUUUGUAAUUUUUUGGUUGAUAGACAAAGUAAAAAAAAAUAAGUGUCCAUUAUUUUUUGAUAAUCAAACUGUCAGUCUUAAUAGAAUUUCGUUAACUUUACUCCGUCAUCACCCCUGUUUGAAUUUAGCGGAUAAAUGCACUGUUUUGUUGAUGUAGCACCUGGAUAUUAUGAUAAGGCGAAAGAUUGUUAUCGCUGGUUUUGCGAAUGGUGCGGGUGGAAAGAUAUUAUUGAAUAAACGGUUUCUAAACAUCAGUUUCGUUUUGUUUUAUUUUGAAUCCUAAUUAGUCGGCCAAUUUGAUUCCUGACCCACCAUAAAUUUAUUUUGUUACAACCAGUCCCGAAACAAUUGAUUGUUGCUGAAAUGUACGUAUGCCUGGAAACAAACUUGUUAUUUUCUGAACAAUCUUAAUUGGUAUGAUAUAUUUAGCCGCCUUUCUAUGACAUUAAAUUAUUUUUUAGUUUUGCCCAUGGACUAAGAAUUUCCCUAUUAUUUUAACAAGGUUUUUUAUAAUGUCAAGAAAUCGAAAAAGUUUCUUUUACAUUUGCGAUUUAAAAAGUUACUUCUCAAUUCAAACUUCUGUUCCAACUUUAUCUAUAACAUGAUCUAUUGAAAUAAAGGUCUAAUUUUAAAUAUCUUUGAUCCAUAUUAACACAGUUUCCUUGUUAUUAGAAGGUCCAAAGUGUAUUUACGCAUAUUCUACAAAGGAAAACUUGUCUGUUUAUAUCAUUUUUAAGCUACUUAUCGGGCAAGUGGGUCAGUAAUCAGUUGGUUCGAUGUCAGUCCGAUGCUAUAAUUUGGCACCCAUUUCAGUGAAAUGUGGUUUGAACAUUCGCAUUCCAAUAAGGCAACGAUAAUAAAUACCCUUGAUACUCAGUUUAUAGUAAGUAUUAGAACAAAAUUUGCUUCAAAUACGUUAAAUUAACAUACAUUGAUUACGAACUGUCGAAAAAACGACACUACGUACUAUAAAAAAAAAAUCACGGAGCUCUGCGACAUCUCGAGUGUUCAACGGUCUGCGCGUGACUGUGAACCAAGAAGUGCUUGAGUGGUGUUCAAGCACUUGAUUGGGAAAUAUUUUAAGCGCACAAGGUGUUUCUAGGGUUUUGAAUAUCGUUGGCAAUAAGGUCAAAAUUUCCGAAUGAAAAUAGCGUUGAAAAGUUUUAUGCCAGCACUUCAUUUGGCUAUUUGUGUUUGCUAUUUGUCAAAAUGAUAUCAUUCUGUACUUUUCAUUCCUAUUAAAGAGUGAUAAGGAGUAAGGUCAGAAUGUUGCCAAGUUUACAAAUAGCAAAUACGAAUAGCCAAGAAGUGGCGGCAUAUCAUAUUUAAGAUAUCUCGGGGUCAUUUAUUAAGCUUAUAUUCUUUAAAAUCGGAAAUGAAAUAGUAUGACAAUGACAAUAAAAAUAAGUACCUAUUUCGGACAUUUCGUGAUGAUUCUUUCUUAAUGUCUUUAGUCGUACUAAUAAAAUAUAUGAAUACUAGCUACUGGUACUUUGUGCUUCGCUCUCCGUCGUUCCGUUCUUUUCUGCGGGUUCGGUAGCAUCGGCAGUUUCGGUCACAACGCCGGAAUCUGCUUCGGUAUCAGGCACUUCGGAGGCUUUCUUGAAUUUAUUAACAUCUGUGCGAGGAAAUUUAGUUACACAUCACUAACAGUUUUACAUAAAAAUUUAAAAAAAAAACGGACAAGCGCGAAUGGGGUAUUUGAGAAGUUUUAAGAACGAUCUCACGUUAUUUUCUAAUAUUAACAGACUCCAUAGAACUGGAUAUUCAUCAUUCUGUUGUGUAUUUCAGUAAAAAAAACUUUUUAAAAUUGCCGCUAAACCGUUUCUCUGGACAUUAUGGUGUCUCACCAUGCAGUAUAUGACGUCACAUGACUGCCAUUAUAAUGUCAAAAGAUACAAUGUAAUGUCUCUGACCGAAAGUUUACUAGCAUGUGACGUCAUUUUAUUUUUCGCCAAUCCUAGGCGUUUUCGGUCACGUGACUACAGACCAAAGCAAUCUAUUAUAUAUGAUGUUUUUUUAGGACAGUUACUAAUUAUUUGUACUCCCAGAAAAGUAAAAUCGCUUCUAAUAUUCAUAUAAAAUACGUAUGCCAACAAUUGGUACUUAAUUUUUCAUGCUGUCAAAUAGCCUAUUGGGUUCGCCUACCGAGGGUGCCGUAUAAAUUUGUAGGUACGCAACAUAAACAGCCGUAUAGUCCAGUCACUUUAGGGUUACACCUCGGAAUUUGAGAUGUAUACAAGGUCUUUUUCACCGAGAUUCACGGUUGAUCUUGUAUUACUGUAUGUAUGCCUGAGCUCUGUGUGCUAUCCGCCCUCUAUCUCGAAAAUGGUUGAGCGUAUAGAAAAAAAGUUGAGACAAAAGUUGUGGCAAUUUUUUAAUUUUUUAUUUUCACAAUAAGUCUUAAAGUGAUUGGAUACGCGACCUUUGACCUCGAAUAAUUUACGACGCAUACGCGAGAUAAUAAUAAGAGACUUUUGAGACAUCUUUUAGAACGCCAAAAUGAAGCUGUACACGAGUUUCCAGCUUAUUAUCUAAAAUUCUGAGAUUGACCCCUUUUUUUCUUAAGUGACUGGACUAGUAUCUUUUUACGUUAAUUUAAAAGUUUGAUUCCUUCACAGCUUCACAGCACAGCUCCA